CCGAGGUUGGUGCAGCCUGGGGAGGACCGGCUUCCGGUCAAGGGUACUUAAGUAUCUGGUUUUCUGUCUUCUGUUCCGUUCUGUUUGCUCAUUCUGUGCCUCUAUCCUUCCUGCUGUCCUGCUCUUGAUCUUCUCCACCAUAUCCAUCAUGGGCGCGUCAAAAUCUCCCUCUACUACCGCAAUGAUCACUCCGCCGCCCUCGGCUGACAUCAUCCCCCGCGAUCCUCUCGGUGUCACCGACAUAUCCUCCCUCUUGCUGCCUCCUGCUUUCACUGUUGAUGCCGUCAAGCCAGAGGAUGUCGACAGCGCGCGGACAAAGGUCUCCACUCGAUCCGCAAAGUCCGCAAAGCUGCCCCCGCCGCCGAUGCGGUCGCGGCGCAUAAUUGAGAUGCAACCCGUUCUCCCCAAACCCGUCAAGACAAUCACAAAGACCACCGGCAGCGCGGCCGCCCCCACCAGCUCCUCCGCGACCGCGUUUACAUCUCCCGCCGCCAUCACACCCGCCGGCCCCGCCGCCGCGCCGAAAUCGAAGCGCAACGCAAACGGCACGACAGCCGCGACCCGCAAGACCGCGCGCAAGAUCGCGCACUCGGCGAUCGAGCGGCGGAGACGGUCAAAGAUGAACGAGGAGUUUGAGUCCUUGCGGAAUAUGGUCCCCGCGUGCCGCGUCGCGUCGCAGACGCACGGCGAGGCAAGCUUACACAAGCUUGGAAUCUUGCAGGCUACUGUCGAGUAUCUGCGCUACCUCGAAGGCUGCAUCGGGCAGCUGCAGUCGAGGGUUGAGUGUCUUGAAGCUGGUGGUGAUACUGAGGAUAAAGUAAGCCUGGACGAAGCUCCGUCCGGUAUCAAAGCGAUGGAGGACGAACUCUCGGACGACGACGAAGAAGAAGAGGACGAGGACGAGAACCAAGCUGCUAGACUUCCGAGCCCCGUUCAGUCACUUUUUCAUCACUCCUCUGUCUCGAGCAGCAGCUCGUACGCGGACGAGGUGGAGAUGGAGGAAGCGGGCAAGGAAGUUAGUCGUACGCUGUUGAUGCUGCGACAAGUCAGCGAUCCCUCUGUUCCCAGUCUCGCCAGCGGCGGUCGUGGUAUCCGGGUGUGUGACUUGUUGGGUUAGCCUUCUAAAUUUUUGUUUCGAGCAUGUUUUAAAGUGGAGCCUUCUGUUCUGGGUGGCCGGUCGGAGUCAUUUUGUUUUCUCGUUUGUCUCUUGUUUUUGGUUUUGGAUCGUUUAAGAAAUAUGCAGUAUAAAUCUGAAUUCAGUUUAACUGUAAUAUAUACCAAAUAUGAAAUUUUUAUACUAAACAGAAAAAGAA